AUGCCUCGGAUACAGACUUUUGCCCCGCUGUUGAGGCCACUGGCACCUCCUAGAGCAGUCGCAUGCCAGCAGCACAUGCGCUUCUCGACCGCAACACGACUAUUCGCUGAUCAGACUCCUUCAACAGCGACAGAACCCCUCAAACCCGCUUCGGACCCUUCUUUACCUCCAAAUGCAUCUCCUGAGGCUCCCUCAACACCCCAGCAAGCCCAGCGCGCCGCCGACUUAGCAACAGCUGAAGCCAUCACCGAGUCGGACAGCGCGCAACCGCCAGAGCCCAAGCCUACACUUCCCUCUCAGCGACCCAGGGCUACGAAGACCAAGACCGUUGAGCCCACUACCCCCAGCCUUCCCAAAAGUGCCUUCCAGCUCAACAAAUUCAAACCCGAGUCCCGCACACAAAAGGAGAUCCGGUUACGAAAUGCGGCAAAAGCUUCGCCCGCGCAACGCGCAACCAAUAUCGAGCUCCCCCCGCCAAAGUACCACAUCUCCCGCUCCGCCUCCAAGAACCUCCCCAUAUACACAGACUAUAAGCGCGGUGGCAACCUGCACCUGACAACCAUACGGAAAAUCACUGGCGAUCUGUCUGCGUUGCGGGACGAGUUACGCGUGUUUCUGAAUAAGAAGAAUGAGGAGGUCACGAUCAAUAGUUUGACGGGGCACGUCAUUGUCAAAGGGCAUCACACGAGCGAGAUUGCCGAGUUUCUGAAAGCACGGGGUAUGUAG